AUGCCAGACGAGUCGCAGCAGGGCGCCCAACAGCUCGACGCAUCAUACCCCGCUCCGCCAGACUACUUUGCUCUGUUCACCGACGAAAACAUCGCCCGCCUCCAAUCCACAAACCAGGAUACCCUGUCAGACCGCGGUGCCGCCGACCCUUGGCUCGACCCGCAGAAGAUACCCCAGCUACUCAACCACUCGGUCGUCUUUGAGUUUCUCGACCUCGUGGACCGCAUCCGCGACAUCUUCGUCAACAUCCACCACCUGAUCAACGAGUACAGGGGCCACCAGGCCAAGGAGUCCCUCAAGCUUAUGCUGCGCCAGCAGAUCGAGUCUAAAAGAACGCCUCUGCCAAUCUUGCCGCCGCCGCCUCUGCCCAACGACGAUGCCACCACCACUGCCAAAGACACGUCCUCUCUUGCUGCCGUGCCCUCCUCUCCUGAUAGCCACACACACGUCGCGACUCUGGCCUGA